UUUUCUUGGCAAUGCCACAAAUGGCUACUGAGGAAAACCAUAACAAAACUUCAAGAAUCCCUUCAAAUCUAACUCCAUCACCACAAAAAAACAAACCCAUUUCACCAAAUCAAGAUGCAUUGGCUCUAUCAUUUCCUAGAAAUGAAGAACCAGUUCCAUUAGAAGUAUUUUACCCGUGUGAGGACGACAAAAACAAUAACCUAUUAAAGAGAAGAUCUUCUAGAUUUACUAUUAACAAGUUCAGUACUAGUGCUGCUGCUGCUACUACUACUACAGACAAAAAAGACAUGAAAAACAAUUUGGAAAAAUGUAAGGGCAAAAGUGUAAAUUCAAGGAAAUCAGAGGGUAUAAAAGAAGCGGAAUUGUCGAGGAAAAGGAAGUAUAAGAAUGAAGAAAAAUUAGAGUUGUUGGCAUUGGAGGAAAGCAGCGCGUCGGGUACACGCGCCACUAGUAAAAGAAGCGGUACGAAGAGGGAAUUGCUGGCUUUGCUGACACCGAACAGCGGCGCGUUUAACACACGCGCCUUAAGGGGGAGUGGUUCAGUAAAUGUAGGUCACAAUUCAUUAGAGUUGUUGGCAUUGACGGAGAGCGCGUCGGUUACACGCUCCGCCGGCGGCACGAAGAGAGAAUUGCUUGCUUUGGUCAAACCAGAGGGUAAGAACAGCGCGUCGGUUACACGCGCCGCCUGUAAGAAGAGCUGUACGAAGAGAGGAAUGCCGGAGCCAAAGGAAAGCGCGUCGGGUACACGCGCCGACGGUGAGGAGGAAAUGGGUGAAACCCCAAAAUCGCAAUCCAACUCUAAUGGAGCUAAACUGGAGUUGUUGGCAUUGCCGGAAAGCGCGUCGUUUCCACGCGCCGCCAGUAAAAAGUACGGCACGAAGAGGGAACUGAUGGCUUUGCUGACACCAGAGAGCAGCGCGUGGAAGAAACGCGCUUCCGGGGGAAGUGAUUCAGUAAAUGUGGGUGGUCACGAUUCCCGAGGAUCUUGGAGAAAAGAUUCAGUUUUUACUGAAUCUCCUGAAACAUCGGAAGUGAAGACUUUGAGAUCAAGAAAAAUACAAGUGAGUGUUAAUAAUAAUAGCAGUGAUGAUAAUAAUAAAGGGUCAGAUGUGAAAAGGAAAAAAUCAUCAGGAAAAAAUGGGAGUGUUAAUAAUUCAUCAGAUUCAGCAGAGAAAAGUGUGAAGAAACAGAAGAGUAAUGUAUGUUUUAUUGGGGAGCCAAUACCUGCUGAGGAAGCUCAAGAAAAGUGGCAAUGGCGUUACGACUUGAAGAAUAAAAAGACGCAGCGUCAAGGCUGGAAAUUAAAUGCUGGUGAAGAAGAUGAAAUCGUAUUAAAUGUGGAAUGCCAUUAUGCUCAAGCUAAGGUUGCUGGUUUCAUUUUCAAUAUUGGGGAUUGUGCAUAUGUAAAGGGUGAAGGCAAGAAAAAACAUAUUGGCAGGAUCUUAGAGUUUUUCAAGACAACAGAGGGGGACGAUUAUUUUAGAGUACAAUGGUUCUUCAGAGCUGAAGAUACGGUGUUGAAAGGUGCUGCUUCUUUCCAUGACCCAAAGCGCAUAUUCUAUUCUACUUUAGAGAAUGAUAAUUUACUAGACUGCAUAGUUUCCAAAGUCAAUGUGGUAGAAUUACCAACCAGGCAUGUGGAUAGAAAGGAUGUUCCACCUGCUCACUUUUAUUACGACAUGGAAUACUGUGUUGACUAUUCCACAUUCCAUACAUUGCAUAAUGUCAAGAGUUCCAUUUCCCCUUCGCUGGUGGAUGACGCUUCAUAUAAGCCUAUUACUACAUAUCCUCUGGAGGUAUUGCCAACUUGUGAACCUAUGAAAGUAGAGUUGUCAUUAUUGGAUCUAUAUGCUGGUUGUGGUGGCAUGUCUAUGGGGUUGUGCCUUGGUACCAAACUCUCUGGUCUUAAUCUUGUGACGAAAUGGGCUGUUGAUUUUAAUAGGUCUGCUUGUGAUAGCUUGAAACUGAAUCAUCCUCAGACACAUGUUAGGAAUGAAGGUGUUGAGGAUUUUCUGGAGCUACUGAAAAGAUGGGAGAAGCUAAUUCAGUCGUAUGGCUGUAGUGAUUUCAAAACAAGCUCAAAUUGUGAGCUAGAUGAGAGAGAUGAAGGUGAAAACAAAGAUAAAUCCCAAGCUGGUUCUAAAGCAUCUUCGGGAGAAUAUGAGGUAUUAAGAUUAGUUGACAUAUGUUACGGGGAUCCCAACAACAAAGGAAAAUCUCGACUUCAUUUUAAGGUGCGGUGGAAAGGUUAUAGUCCAAGUGAUGAUACUUGGGAGCCAAUUGAGAACUUGGGAAAUUGCGGAGACAGCAUAAAAGAUUUUGUUAGAAGGGGGCAGCAAUUGAAAAUUCUGCCUCUACCAGGAGAUGUUGAUAUGAUAUGUGGGGGUCCUCCUUGUCAGGGCAUCAGUGGAUAUAAUCGCCACAGAAAUGUUGAUGACCCAUUGUCUGAUGAGAAAAAUCGUCAAAUUAUUAUCUUUAUGGAUGUUGUGGAAUUUUUACGGCCUAAAUAUGUGUUGAUGGAAAAUGUUUCUGACAUAUUGAGGUUCGAUAAAGCAUCUCUUGGAAGAUAUGCUUUAAGUCGUUUGGUACAUAUGAAAUACCAAGCAAGACUUGGAACUAUGGCAGCUGGUUGUUAUGGUCUCCCACAAUUUCGGCUGCGAGUUUUCUUUUGGGGUGCACUUUCGAGUGAGAGGUUGCCCCCAUUUCCACUUCCUUCGCAUGACGUGAUUGUUAAAUAUUGGCCCUCACCUGAAUUUGAGCGGAAUACUGUUGCUUAUGAAGAAGGACAACUACGUGACCUUGAGGAAGCUCUUGUUCUUCGUGAUGCUAUAUCUGAUAUGCCAGCUGUCACAUGGCAUGAAACUCGUGAAGAAAUGCCAUAUGAGAUGCCCCCACAAACAGAGUUUCAGAAAUACAUAAGACUAUCUAAACAUGAGAUAAUGAGUUGUUCAUCAAGUGGAGUCACGGAAACAAAAGAACCUGUUUUGUCUGAUCAUCGGCCUUGCCAAUUAAACGAGGACGAUUACUUGCGAGUUUGUCUAGUCCCACAUAGAAAGGGAGCGAAUUUCAGAGACCUCCCUGGUGUAAUUGUGGGAGCGGAUAAUGUGGCUCAUCGUGAUACAAAUGAGCCAAAAGUCUUACCAAAUGGAAAGCCCAUGGUUCCUGAUUGUGCCUUCAGUUUUGAGCAUGGAAAGUCUAAAAGGCCAUUUGCGAGAUUGUGGUGGGAUGAAACAGUAGCAACAUUAGUCACGUUUCCUAAUCAUCGUGCACAGGCUAUCUUACACCCAGAGCAGGAUCGGGUUCUGACCAUACGAGAAUAUGCAAGAUUGCAAGGUUUUCCAGAUUUCUAUAGGUUUACUGGUACUCUCAAGGAAAGGUAUUGCCAAGUCGGGAAUGCCGUAGCAGUUCCUGUUGGGCGAGCGCUCGGGUAUGCACUUGGACUUGCCUAUCAGAGGCUAGCUGGAAAUGAGCCUCUUAUUAAAUUGCCAUCAAAUUUCUCAUUCUUAACGCCUCCGAUUGAUGACAUUGUUGUCUUGCAAAAUUGAAUGCAUAUUCAUCAUUUUUUUACUACAUUGGUGAUUUCGGAGCUACUAUUGUUCAUUAGCCAGAUUAUUCCAUUUUCUUGUAUGAACUGUGAUUGAGCUGUUUGGGGCUGCGUACAAUAGACCCUUGUGGUCCGGUCCUUUCCCGGACCCCGUGCACAGGUGGAGCUUAGUGCACCGGGCUGCCCUUGUAACUGUUAACUGUUAUUGAGCUGAAUGGAUGCUGAAAUUGAUUCGAUAGCUUGCCCAAACAAGAUCAGGAUUUGGCUUUAGUUGAUUGACUGUGUUGAUCAAUGAACUACAGUAACCUUUUAUGUAAUCCUGUUUUCAUACAUUUAUAGAUUCUCCUUUCGAACA